AUGGACUACUCCAAUAUCUUCCGUCUCGUUAACAUCGCCGUCGGCGUGAUUAUGAUCCUGGGCGGUAUUAGCCAGUUCUUUCCUCCUUCCGUGGGCUCAAUUAUCAUCGGCGCAUACGUCAUCCUGUUUGGUCUUAUCGUUGCCGGCCUGGAAUUCCUUCCUCAGGUUCCUGACUAUGUGUACCGAUACGCCUCUUUCCUCUUUUCGUUCCUCGGACGAGGUGCUUUCUACAUCUUCGCAGGUUCGAUCCUGUUGCACGACGGCGUCCUGCGCUAUAUUGCCGGCUCGAUUAUCGGCUUCAUUGGUCUUGGAUACGUGGUUCUGGAAUACAUCCCAUCGAUUGAGCCGCCGUCGAACAUGCGGGAGGCCGACAACAGCUGGGGUGCCGAGCAGGUUUAG